GUCUUAGGAGCAGCAGGCUACUUACAUUAAGGGGGUCUGGAAGGCUGACUUCAGCUGUACCAUGAAGAGGCUUUUUUCAGGCACGCUGCAUCUCCCAAGGCUGUCCUGUAGACCCUCUGCUUGGGAAGGGACACAGGAGGAACCCCUCUUCAUAACUUCAGCUCCAGACAUCAAGGCCUCAAGGAGCCUGGGGACUCUCACCAGCUGCUUUGAUGUGGAGAAUGGGUUGUCGGUGGGGCGCAGCCCCCUGGACCAGCAGACCAGCCCCGGGUCUGGUCUGGCCAAACAGCCCAACUUCCCCCACAGCCAGCGGCGAGAGUCCUUCCUCUACCGCUCAGACUCAGACUUUGACCUGUCACCCAAGGCCCCUUCCAGAAACGCCUCCACCGUCAGUGACCUGGAGGAAAGCUUGAAGCACUGGGAAGUCAACUGGUUGUCAUCUCGACAUACAGAGGACAUGAUCGUUACGCCAUUUGCACAGGUCCUGGCCAGCCUGAGGACCGUCAGAAAUAACUUUGCAGAAAUAACUGGUCAGCAGGAUCGCACGGCCAGCAAGAUGCGAUCCUCAGGCAGCAACCCGCCUUCCAUGUGCAAGACCAGCCUUGCGGAGGAGCCUCACCAGCAGCUGGCCAUAGAGACCCUGGAUGAACUGGACUGGUGUCUGGAGCAACUGGAGACCCUGAAGACACGACACUCUGUCAGUGAGAUGGCCUCCAACAAGUUCAAGAGGAUGCUGAACCGAGAGCUAACCCAGCUGUCAGAAACCAGCCGCUCAGGGAACCAGGUGUCUGAGUUCAUCUCUAGCACCUUCCUAGAGAAGCAGCAUGACAUGGACAUCAUGUCUCCCCCAACCAAGGAGAAGGACAAGAAGAAAUGGCCCAUGUCUCAGAUCAGCGGGGUGAAAAAGGCCACCCACAGCCCCAGUAUAGCCCCCUCCACCAUCCCCCGCUUUGGGGUCAACACCAACCAGGAAGGACUCCUUGCCAAGGAGUUGGAGGACGUAAACAGAUGGGGUGUGGACAUCUUCAAGGUGUCCGAGUACUCUGGAAACCGCCCGCUGACGGUGACCAUGUACACCAUCUUCCAGGAGCGUGAUUUGCUGAAAUCCUUUAAGAUCCCGGCGGACACUUUCAUUACCUUCAUGAUGACGUUAGAGGACCAUUACCAUGCCGACGUUGCCUACCACAACAACAUACACGCCGCAGACGUGGUCCAGUCCACAAACGUCCUGUUGUCCACAUCUGCACUGGAGGCUGUGUUUACUGAUCUGGAGAUCCUGGCUGCUUUGUUUGCCAGCGCCAUCCACGAUGUGGACCACCCCGGAGUCUCCAAUCAAUUUCUUAUCAACACAAACUCAGAGCUUGCCUUGAUGUAUAAUGACUCAUCAGUGUUGGAGAAUCACCAUCUAGCCGUGGGCUUCAAGCUGCUGCAGGAGGAAAACUGUGACAUCUUCCAGAACCUCAGCAAGAAACAGGGACAGUCACUACGCAAAAUGGUCAUCGACAUGGUACUGGCCACAGACAUGUCUAAACACAUGAACCUACUGGCAGAUCUGAAGACCAUGGUAGAGACCAAGAAAGUGACCAGUCUCGGAGUGCUCCUGCUGGAUAACUAUUCAGAUCGCAUACAGGUCCUUCAAAAUAUGGUCCAUUGUGCAGAUCUAAGCAACCCCACCAAACCCCUGGAGCUGUACCGGCAGUGGACAGACCGCAUCAUGGUGGAGUUCUUCACCCAGGGUGACAGGGAGCGGGACAAGGGCAUGGAGAUCAGCCCCAUGUGUGACAAACAAAACGCUUCCAUAGAGAAGAACCAGGUGGGUUUCAUUGACUACAUUGUGCACCCUCUUUGGGAGACAUGGGCUGACCUUGUCCACCCAGACGCCCAGGACAUCCUGGAUACGCUGGAGGACAACAGGGAGUGGUACCAGAGUAUGAUUCCUCACAGCCCCUCACCCAACCCAGAGAGUCACCAUGAGGUGGAUCUUUCUGGAGCAGCCUCAGCACUUGCCGGGGGUGGAGACAAGUUCCAGUUUGAGCUGACCUUGGAAGAGGAAGGAGAGUCCGACACCGAGAGCCAACCUGAAGAAGAGGGAGGAUGCAGUGGCAGCAGAGGGGCAGGAUUCUCCAGAACUGAUUCAUUGCCCAUCACUGGUGCGGGCAGGACUUUCUUCUCAGACUCUGGUAAAGAUGGGGCAGAGGACAGAGAAAUGGAGCAGGAAGGGAGUGAAGGGGUACCACGCUUCAGGCUAGGCACAUAA